ACAGAGAUGUGGGGAGAAAAGGAAAUUGGUUGUGUUGGAGGGCGAGAUUCACUUUCAUGACUAUGGAUGCCGAUUGUUGAUCCAGGUUUUCUCCCUUCUUUUUUCUCAUCUUCUUCAACUUUCCUUCUUCUUUGCCUCUCCCUCCGCCGCUCGCCGGAAUCCCUAACCCUAACCCUAACCCUAACCCUCGCUUUCCACUAUCGUUUUUCUGCGUUUUGACCAUGGAGUUCAAGUUCCGUGCCGGCGAUCCCCGAUCUCCGCCACCGCCACUGCAGUGUGCUCCUCCUAUGCCGCCGCUGCAGUGUGCUCCUCCUAUGCCGCCGCUGCAGUGUGCUCCUCCUAUGCCGCCGCCUGGUUUCUGUUUACCUAAGCAAGGAUUUCCAGACGCCUAUCUCGGACGAACCACGAACAUGGCAACACUGAGAACGCCGUUCGAUACCAACGAGGUAAUGCACUGCGAGAUGGAGUUGAUGCGAUUGAGACAAGAGAAAUUGGUGCUGGAGAUUGAACGGCAGCGAUUUCUGGAAGAGGAUGCGAGGAGAGAACUGAUGUUGUUCGAACGAGAGAGAGCGAUUUGUGAAGUUGCGCAGUCAGUGGGAUAUCCUCUCAGACAGCCCCAACCAUGGGGAGUGCCGUUCGCUGCAGCGGGGCCUUCUCUGUCUCCGUCGCCUGCGGUAAUGGUGCAAUCAUUCCAAGAAUGGCAGAGAAUGGAUAAAGCAAAAAGUUCCGAAUGCCUAGGAUUUGGUCCAGCGGCGUUGCCGCCACGGAUUCAGCCGUUUAUGGCGGAACACUAUAGGGAGCGUCAAGUAGUACAGCCUGAUGAAAACAAACUCAUUGUACUGGAAAAACCCGACCCAAAUGUAUUCAGAGAAAAGAGAAAGGCUGAGAUGGCAUCAACGUCUUCCGACAACGUCCAAUCAUCUUAUAUGAAGAAGACUCCAAAGGGCGAGUUGAGUUGUGCACUGUGUCAAGUUACCGUGACAAACGAAAAGGUUUUUAAUGAACACCUUCAUGGCAAGAAGCACAAGCGCAGAGAAGCUGGUCUGAGGGCUCAAAAUGCAAGCAAACUUUUCCAGGCUGCACCACCCGAGCCAUUAUCUUACAAAAGGAUGAAGCUCGAGAAGACGUUUGGCUCUGCAGGUGCAAUCGAACUAAAGGAGUCGAAAGAUGGAGAAACUCUUCAAGGUGAGAAAACGGAAGGUAGUUUUGUCACGAACGCAUUAAUUCCAAACUUUCUGGAAUCAGGUGACAAAGAGGAUAAUGAGCAACAGAACCAGCAGAACCAGAACAAUAACCUGGAGAACCUUCUGAAAUCAGGUGAGAAAGAGGAUGAUAAGCAAGAGAACCUGCAGAACCAGAACCAAAACCUGCAGAACUUUCUUAAAUCAGAUGACAUGGAGGAUAAUAAGCAACCGAACCUGCAGAACUUUCCGAAAUCAGAUGAUGGUGAGAAUAAUAAGCAACAGAGCGUGCAUAACCCAAACCUGCAGAACUUUCCGAAAUCAGAUGACAGGGAGGAUAAUAAUCAACAGAGCCUGCAUAACUCGAACCUGCAGAACUUUCCAAAAUCAGAUGAUGGGGAGGAUAAUAAACAACAGAUCCUGCAUAACCCGAACCUGCAGAACUUUCCGAAAUCAGAUGACAGGGAGGAUAAUAAUCAACAGAGCCUGCAUAACCCUAACCUGCAGAACUUUCUGAAUCCAGGUGAAAUAGAGGAUGAUAAUAAGCAACAAAACCUGCAAAGCAUUCUGGAAUCGGGUGACGAAGAGGAGGAUGAGGAACAGAACGUGCAGAACCUUUUGAAAUCAGGCGAAAACGAGGAUAAUACGCAACAGAACUUGCAGAACCUUUUGAAUUCGCAACAGAAUCAGAACCCGCAGAACCUUUUGAAUUCGCAACAGAACCAGAACCUGCAGAACCUUGUGAAUUUGCAACAGAACCAGAACCUGCAGAACCUUGUGAAUUUGCAACAGAACCAGGCUGUGUUUGGGCAAAACUUUACCACUGAGGACCUUCUUGCGGCGAAAAAGAAGUUUAAGUUUUGGUGUAAAAAGUGCAAAGUUGGUGCUUAUGCUGCAGGCGUGAUGGUUGCUCAUUUGAAUGGGAAGAAACACCAAGCAAAUCUUCAACAACCUGAUCAAACUUGGACAGGGAGGCCAUUUUAGCUUUCAAGAAACCUGAGAGAGAUGCAGAUUUAGAUAACUGGACAAAAGAAGAGGAACGGUCAACAACAGGUAUUGCCCGUUGAUUAGUGGUAGGGUGGUUUAGAAUGACUUUUAAAAUACUUUUCAAGCUUUUCAUAGUCGAAAACGGAUUUUCAAAAUCGUAGGAGGUGCAUGGUUCACAGCCGAAGUCUCGAGAGUCUCGAGAGCCUCAAGAACCUCUAGUAAGUUGGCCGUUUAUUUAGUUAAUAUAUCCCAUCUUACUUCUUUAGUACUAAAUUAUCCUUUACUUCCUCUUUUUUUUUUUGGAGAAAAAGGCUUGCCUGGUGGCUACAGCCAUACAACCAACCCAAAGCUAAUAGCUUUGUACAAGUUAGAGUGGUUGGCUUAGCCAUAAACAAGCCUUUGAUGAUAUAAUAAAGAGUGAGUAAGGGACUGCAUUUGGCUUGAGAAGGGUAAAACAAGAUAUUGUGAAUAUAUUUCCUUAAUUAUCGUCUCCAUUUUCGUUUGAAAAUGGUUUUUCGUAGCAUGAAUCAAGAACGUCGAAGAACAUGUUCGAAGCUAUAAUAUGUAGUUAUGUACGGUCAAAUUGUUCUCGUCCUAUUUGUACGGUGAAGGAUUGGCUAGCGUAUUUUAGUAGAUUAU